CUAGAGUGUUCUCCCUUGACAGUUGCUAUUUCCGUAUCGAAUGACGCCUUUGAAUUUUGUGAAAUGUGAUACAUGCAAUAUAUUGACGGCUUUUUAGUUUUUGCGAAUAGAUAAAGGACUCUGUUUUUCAGUUAUGGCUGAUUCUGAUUUUCGAAUGAAAGAUGGAGGUAUUUCUGAUGUUAUUACAGCAGCUAAUAACGGCCAUGACCGUAUUGUCGAUGGACAGGAAUUUGAGAAUGUUGAGGAAAAACACGAGUCUGAGCAGUCUGAUUUAACUGAACCAGGUACAGAAAAUGGAAAGCUACAUGAAAAUCGUAUAACUGAAAAUAAUGGAAAUGGAGAACCACCUAAUGCUAAUCAUACAAAUGUGCCAGAUUAUGGUAGAAUUAGUCCGAACAGUUACACACAGGAACUUGAUCUCACUGAUCCAAAGAGUGUGAUAGAUAUGUUAGAAAAUGUUGAUUUAACUGAAGAGGACACUGAAGAUUUAUUGCAGGAAGCUUAUAAAAUGAACAGAAAACUUAAAGAAAUGCUAAGACGUCAAGAUGAGCAAUCAUCCGAUUCAAAACCAAAGUUGAAGUCAAAAAGUAAAUCUUUUGUGGAAUCUCGAUCAGUAAAUGGACAGGGAAGUAUGACAAGCUCUGCUACCUCUUCAAGUGAUAAUUCAAGGAUGGGCUCAUCAUUUGGUAUUAGAAAAGUUUUGCCUCCUAUAAAUGCUGGAGAAAGAGAAACAAGUGUGUAUGCUAUAAAGCUGCGAAGAUCCAAAACAAAUGUUCAGGAAACAAAACCAGCAUUGAGUGAUUCUGCAAUUCUACGUUCAAAGUCUUCAACUAAACCCCCUAUUAGAAAGGAUUCAGAGUCGCCAUCAAGAAGAAAGAAAGCACCUGGACCAAAACCAGAGUGGAAUGACAGAUUCAAUUACACAUAGAUACUUAUGUCAUUAAUGUUCAUUUUUGUAUGUAUGAUAUCCAGCAUUAAUUAGAAGAUAUUAAUUUUUUGUUGAAGUUCAAGAAGGUUUGGUGCUUUUAAAUUUUAUGAUUUUAAUGUAACUGCUGUAUCGUCAAAUCACAAUAAUUCCAAAAAUGAUUAUAUAUACAUAAUUUCGUUUUCUUAAUUUUUUGAUGUUAAGUAAUUUUUAUUUGAAAAGGUUUGAAUUGUUUAUAAUUUUUGACAGCAUGUUUACAGAAACAACAUAUUGUUGAUAUUUUCAUUUCUCGGAUUGCCAUAUAUAUUUCAAUCACCAACCAGUAUUUAGUAAUAAAAACUGCACCGAA